UGUUUAAAUGAAGUUUAUACAGGUGCAUCUCAAUAAAUUAGAAUGUUGUGGAAAAGUUCAUUUAUUUCAGUAAUUUAACUCAAAUUUUGAUAUUAAAUCAAUUCAAUGCACACAGACUGAAGUCUUUGGUUAUUUUAAUUGUGAUGAUCUCAACAAAUUAGAAUACUUCACAAGACCAAUAAAAAAAAAAAACAUUUUUAGUUGUUGGCCUUCUGGAAAGUAUGUUCAUUUACUGUAUUUGUACUCAAUACUUGGUAGGGGCUCCUUUUGCUUUAAUUACUGCCUCAAUUCGGCGUGGCAUGGAGGUGAUCAGUUUGUGGCACUGCUGAGGUGGUAUGGAAGCCCAGGUUUCUUUGACAGUGGCCUUCAGCUCAUCUGCAUUGUUGGGUCUGGUGUCUCUCAUCUUCCUCUUGACAAUAACCCAUAGAUUCUCUAUGGGGUUCAGGUCUGGUGAGUUUGCUGGCCAAUCAAGCACACCAACACCAUGGUCAUUGAACCAGCUUUUGGUACCUUUGGCAGUGUCAAGUCAAGUCAAGUCACCUUUAUUUAUAUAGCGCUUUUACAAUACAGAUUGUGUCAAAGCACUUAACAGUAUCAAAUUGGAGGAUAGAGUGUCAGUAAUGUAUAAUGAUAAGAUUAAACACUCAAUUUUCAGUUAAAGGCAUUUCAUUAUUGAAUUCAGAGAUGUCAUUGUCUAGCUCAGUUUAGUUUAAAUAGUAUCUGUGCAAUCAAAUCGGCAAUAAUCGCUAGAAAUUAAGUGUCCCCGACUGAGCAAGCCAGAGGCGACAGCGGCAAGGAACCAAAACUCCCUCUGUGACAGAAUGGAGAAAAAAACCUUGGGAGAAACCAGGCUCAGUCGGGGGGCCAGUUCUCCUCUGACCAGACGAAACCCGCAGUUAAAAAGUUUAUAUUUCUAUUUUAAUUUUGUUGCAAUUUCUAACAAUAGUAGUAUUAUGUAGUUAGGUAUUUUAUUAUAUUUUAGUUAUUUUGUUAUUUUUGGUUGAUAUAUCUGGGGUGUAUCUGGGUGUCCUGGUCUCCGCUGACGAUCAGGGCUGUAGACAUCAUCUAUUGGUGCUGAUCCACCAUCUGAUCGGAUACGGACUGAGAAACAGACUAGGAAAGAAACAGACAAAUAUUAGCGUAGAUGCCAUUCAACUUACGAUGUAACGAGUACAUCGUGUGUUAUGGGGAGUGUUCCCGGUUCGGUUGAUCUAAUUAAUGCAGCCUAACAAUCCUUUAACGGAUUUGAAUAAUAGAAGCGUAUUAAUGUGUUAUGUGUAAGCCAGGCUAAAGAGAUGGGUCUUUAAUCUAGAUUUAAACUGACAGAGUGUGUCUGCCUCCCGAACAGUGUUAGGUAGAUUGUUCCAGAGUUUGGGUGCUAAAUAGGAAUAGGAUCUGCCGCCCGCAGUCGAUUUUGAUAUUCUAGGUAUUAUCAAACGGCCAGAGUUUUGAGAACGCAGCGGACGUGGAGGACUAUAAUGCGAUAAGAGCUCGCUCACGUACUGAGGAGCUAAACCAUUCAGGGCUUUAUAAGUAAUUAACAAGAUUUUAAAAUCUAUCCGAUGCUUGAUAGGGAGCCAGUGCAGUGUUGACAGAACCGGGCUAAUAUGGUCAUAUUUCCUGGUUCUAGUAAGGACUCUAGCUGCUGCAUUUUGGACUAACUGUAGUUUGUUGAUCAAGCGUGCAGAACAACCACCUAAUAAAGCAUUACAAUAGUCUAACCUUGAGGUCAUAAACGCAUGAAUUAACAUUUCUGCAUUUGACGUUGAGAGCAUUGGUCGCAAUUUAGAUAUGCUUUUGAGAUGAAAAAUGCAGUUUUACAGAUGCUAGAAACAUGGCUUUCAAAUGACAGAUUGCUAUCGAACAGCACACCUAGGUUCCUGACUGAUGAAGAAGAAUUGACAGAGCAGCCGUCAAGUGUUAGAUAAUGUUCUAGGUUACUACAUGUGGGGUUUUUAGGUCCGAUAAUUAACACCUCUGUUUUUUCUGAAUUUAGCAGUAAAAAAUUAUUCGUCAUCCAGUUUUUUAUAUCGACUAUGCAUUCCAUUAGUUUCUCAAUUUGGUGUGUUUCACCGGGCCGCGAAGAAAUAUAGAGCUGAGUAUCAUCAGCAUAACAGUGAAAGCUAACACCAUGUCUCCUGAUAAUAUCUCCCAAGGGUAACAUAUAAAGCGUGAAAAGUAACGGCCCUAGUACUGAGCCUUGAGGUACUCCAUACUGCACUUGUGAUCGAUAUGAUACCUCUUCAUUCACUGCUACGAACUGAUGGCGGUCAGAUAAGUACGAUUUGAACCAUGCUAAGGCACUUCCACUAAUGCCAACAAAGUUUUCUAGUCUAUUCAAAAGAAUGUUGUGGUCGAUAGUGUCGAACGCAGCGCUAAGAUCCAGUAGAACUAAUAAAGAGAUACAACCACGAUCAGAUGAUAGAAGCAGGUCAUUUGUAACUCAGUGUGGGCAGGUGCCAAGUCUUGCUGGAAAAUGAAAUCAGCAUCUCCAUAAAGCUUGUCAGCAGAAGGAAGCAUGAAGUGCUCUAAAAUUUCCUGGUAGAUGGCUGCGUUGACUGUGGACUUCAGAAAACACAGUGGACCAACACCAGCAGAUGACAUGGCCGCCCAAAUCACUUCACACUGGACUUCAAGCAACAUGGAUUCUGUGCCUCUCCACUCUUCCUCCAGACUCUGGGACCUUGAUUUCCAAAUGAAAUGCAAAAUUUACUUUCAUCUGAAAAGAGGACUUUGGACCACUGAGCGACAGUCAGUUCUUUUUCUCCACAGCCCAGGUGUUUCCACUGCUGAACAAGAUGAAAUGAAGAGAAAGUCAGUGAAAGAGGGAGAAUCUGUCACUUUAGAUCCUGGUUUAAUAAAAAAGCCAAAUGAUACGAUGAAGUGGCAUUUUAAUGACGUUCUCAUCGCUGAAUUUACUGAAGAUCAGAAUAAGAUCUGUACAGAUGAUCUGUGUGAUGGGAGAUUCAGAGACAGACUGAAGCUGGAUCAUCAGACUGGAUCUCUGACCAUCACAAACACCAGAACCACAGACUCUGGAGAUUAUCAACUACAGAUCAUCAACAGCCAAUCCAGCAUCAUAAGGAGUUUCGGUAUCACUGUUACUAUCAAUGUUUCAGGCUUGUCUGCAGGUGCUAUAGCAGGGAUAUGUUUUGGUGUUUUUCUGCUGGAUGCUCUGAUUGGUGGUGUUUGUCAGUUUUGCCGGAUAAUGAUGCACUAACAACCUGAUCCAAAAUAUUAUUGCUUUGAGGAGGAGGAACCAGCUGUGUAUCUUAAGUUAUUUUGCAAGUAAAUGUAUCCUGAUUUAAGAAAGUUUCUGGAUCAGCAUGGCUUUUAAAAUUAUGUUUUGGGUGCAUAAUCUGAACAAGAUACAUCAUACGCUGCCACUAUUUUGCGAUGACACAUCAUUUAAUGUCAAGUAUAAAAAUAUCCCUUUUAAAAACAACUUUGCAGCAUCUUCUUGAAAUCCGAAAUACUAAUGAUGUCCACCAGAGGGAGCCACAGGAUAAUAAAUCAUUUUAUACCUCAUAUUGUAGUUUAAAACAUGUGUAAAUGAUAUGUCGAUUGACUUAUAUAAAAAUUCUUAGAAACCCAUUGCAGUUUCAUUCAAGUUUAAUGUAUAAUCAGUUUGAAAAUAAAUCUGUGAUCUCUACUUAUUAGAUCAUUGUUAACUUACAGGCUAUAUCCUUAUGUAGUGGUUCUCAACCUUUUUUUACUCCAAGGCCCCCUCCUCUCCGAAUCAAUACUGCAAGGCCCCUUUUCUGUUCACGAAACAUUUGUAUUCUAGUGUUUUAUAUAUAUAUAUAUAUAUAUAUAUAUGUGUGUGUGUGUGUGUGUGUGUGUGUGACCCUGGACCACAAAACCAGUCAUAAUGGUCAAUUUUUCAAAAUUGAGAUUUCUACAUCAUCUUGAAAGCUGAAUAAAUUUCCAUUGAUGUAUGGUUUGUUAUGAUAGGACAAUAUUUGGUCGAGAUACAACUAUUUGAAAA